UGUUGAGCCCUGCCGCUGAACAGUUCUGUUCUCCUCUCUCUUUGUUAGAUUCUUUUCCUUUUCCUUCUUUUGAUUUAUUUAUGUAGCAGUCAGUAGUUGUUUUCAAGUUAAAGAGAGACUUUGUUUUCUUUUGGGUCAUUUUAACGAAAGAGACUUCGAGUGUCUUCACUUUCACACCACCAUCAACAUGGCUUUAAGCUAUAAUGACACUAUCACUUAUCAAAUUUGACAAGGUUUGAUCUUCUUGUUUUUGUUUUUGAAGCUGUUGCCUGUUUUUUUUUUUUUUUCCUGAAUAGCCAUGGUUCCUGUCCAGAAUUAGCGAUAAUUAGAAUGGCUGGUUUUAAUUUUAAUCCGGGUACCUCCGAUGAUGCUUUGGUCUUCAAGUUGCUUGUGUUUUGAGCAACUUUUUAAUGGUGCACAAGUAUUGAGCUUUUGUUUGUUGGCAAUACCUCAUUAUUUGGGUAUGUGCCAUUUUGUGUUGUGGUGAUUGUUUUAACUAAGUGAUGAACUUGGGUUUAAGAGGUUUUGACAGAUAAAUCUUGGUUCUUUGAGUUUGAGUUAGUAUGGAGGAGGUUGAGGAGGCACACAAGGCAGCUAUCGAGAGCUGCAAUAGAGUUAUUGGCCUUUUGUGUCAGCCAAAGGAUCAAGUUCAGGGUAGGAACUUAAUGGUGGAAGCUGGAGAGACUGUGUUUAAGUUCAAGAGAGUUAUAUCUCUUUUGAGCACUGGUUUAGGUCAUGGAAGAGUAAGGAAGUUGAAGAAGUUUAGAUCAUCUUUGCCUCAAAACAUCUUCCUAGAUAGUCCUAAUUGCAAAACAAUUUUAGCACCAAAACCUCUCCAGAUGGUGCCUCCAAAUUUUCUCGAAAUCCCACUUGGUGACAUGGAUGCUAAGUCUAAACUUCCUGUGCAAAUUGCCCAGAAAAUGUUUCUUGAAAACCCAGUACUUGAAUUGAACUCAAACACCAGGCCUCCUCUACAAAUUGCACAAACAAAACCACCACCAAACUUUCAGUUUCUCCAACAACAUCAGCAGAUACAGAGGGUGCACUUUCAGCAACAGCAGCAACAAAUGAAGUAUCAGGCUGAUAGGGUGUAUUCUAGGAGUAAUAGUGGGAUAAACCUUAAGUUUGAUGGGUCUACUUGCACACCAACCAUGUCGUCCACAAGAUCAUUCCUUUCAUCUCUGAGCAUGGAUGGUACUGUGUCUAAUUUUGAUGGAGAUUCAUUCCAUUUGAUUGGCAUGCCUCACUCAUCUGAUCACAUCUCACAACAAACAAGGAGGAAGUGUUCUGGUAAAGGAGAAGAUGGGAAUGCGAAAUGUGCUAGUGGUGGUAAAUGUCAUUGCUCAAAGAGGAGAAAACUGAGGGUGAAGAGAUCCAUUAAAGUUCCUGCAAUUAGCAACAAGGUGGCAGACAUUCCUCCUGAUGAGUAUUCAUGGAGGAAGUAUGGACAAAAGCCAAUUAAGGGCUCUCCACAUCCUAGGGGAUACUAUAAAUGUAGCAGUCUGAGAGGUUGCCCAGCGAGGAAGCACGUUGAGAGAUGCCUGGAAGAACCGUCAAUGCUGAUUGUAACCUAUGAAGGUGACCAUAACCAUUCUAGGUUGAUCUCAUCGCAGUCUGCGCAUACAUGAAACAUAGCUGAUCUCUUCAUUUGAUCUCACUUCAAGAACUCGACUUCCAAUAGUUCAAAUCCAACCAGAACCAUUUGGAGUUUCUUUGUGAAUUACUAAUGUAUAUAACAUGUUGUUCAGACCUGAGAUGGGAUAUGAUGGAACAGAUUGUCAUUCAUUGACAGGGUUUUUAAGUAUUUAGCUUUAGGGUUAGCCUGGUUUGAACUGCUCUUAUAUAGAAUAGGGAUCACAAAUUGUAAACCUGUACUUCCUUCAAAAUCCAAGUUUUAUUUUGAUCAUUGCAUUUGCAAAUCUAAGUUUGUUUCCGUGCCA